AUUCGCCAGUAAAUAGCACCACAGAGAAUAAACCGGCGGCCGGACCUGCAUGGUUCAGAAAAUUGCCACUCGCGGCCCGUAGAGAGAUCCUCGCCUAAAUGUUGACGCGCGUUUUUUUCCCCUUUCUCACUUCACCCAUGGACGAUGGAGGACUCUCUUAUUCGCCUUUUCCUCUUAAGAAAUCUCACAUCCUUUUCCCUUUAUUCCUCUCUCUCUCUCUCUCUCUCUCUCUCUCAACUGUGUGACGCUUUGAAGCUCAGAAUAAUCGGAAAAUGUCGGAUGCUGCAAAAGGAGAAGAGUUCGAGAGGAAAGCUGAGAAGAAACUUAAUGGCUGGAAUAUCUUUGGUGGUUCUAAGUACGAAGACGCCGCUGAAUUGUACGAGAAGGCUGCUUCUUCCUACAAACUCGCUAAAUCCUGGGAUAAAGCUGGAGCUGCCUAUAUCCAAGUGGCUGAUUGUCAUUUGAAGUCAGAAAGCAAGCAUGAAGCUGCUUCGGGCUAUGUGGAUGCUGCAAAAUGUUACAAUAAAACCUCCCCCAAAGAGGCUAUUUCAUGCCUGACUAAGGCUCUCAAUCUUUUCAAGGAAAUUGGCAGGUUUAAUAUUGCAGCUAGACAUUGCAAGGAGAUUGGAGAGCUUUAUGAGCAAGAACAGGAUCUUGAGCAGGCUAUUGCUUUCUAUGAGCAAGCUGCUGAUUUGUUUGAAAGUGAAGAAUCAACAACAUCUGCCAACCAGUGCAAACAGAAGAUUGCUCAAUUUGCAGCACAGAUGGAACAAUAUCAGAAGGCAAUUGUGAUUUAUGAGGAUAUUGCACGCCAGUCAAUGAACAAUAAUCUUUUGAAGUACAGUGUUAAGGGGUAUCUCCUGAAUGCUGGCAUCUGCCAGCUUUGUAAAGGCGAUCUUGUUGCCAUAAACAAUGCAUUGGAGCGAUAUCAGGAAUUGGACCCUACUUUUCCAGGAACUCGGGAAUAUAAGUUAUUAGCUGAUAUUGCUGCUGCAAUUGAUGAAGAGGAUGUGGCUAGAUUCACUGAUGUCAUAAAAGAAUUUGAUAGCAUGACACCACUGGAUGCUUGGAAAACUACUCUUCUUUUGAGAGUGAAGCAAGCAGUUAAGGACAAGGAACUGGAAGAGGAUGAUCUUACUUGAAUAUCCUUUCUCUCGCACUUCCAGAUCAAGUUUGUAUCGAGUAAUUGUAUUGUGUUGAACAAUAUUGUCUUUGUGCUUGAUUACAGUGUCUGCUACUCUAAUAUCAAGUGAGUUGCUUGGAGUAUGUGUAAACUAUUGAUUUUUUGUUGGCUUCCACCCCCCUCCCCCUCCUUUUUAUAAAUGGAACUUUCCUAUCA